AUCAUCCCUCUUGCUCGAGCAGAACGUUUGCAGUUCCACCUCCAACCCAGCAUUUAUCGUCAAGAUCUGAUCUUGUCCUUCUCCUCAACGUCACUGAUUCGUGCCUUGUACCAGUCAUUCAUGGCCUUUGUCAACCGCUGACAGGAGCAGUUGGCUCCGGCCAGACCCCGCAGUACAAUUCAGUUCCACGACACCGAGUAGACGGUGCAACGGAGCAGAACUUGCUGCCCCCCCCGAAUCGUCCUCAAGCAUUCCUCCACCAAACCUCAGAAUCGUACCCUCUCCGCCAUGAGCACGUCACAUGCGCUCUUCUGUCCUUGACCUCGAGAUCCGACAGUCAAAGGAUGUCCUUUGGACGAGAUCCUGACCAAACUCCAGGUAUCCUGUCCCCCAAUCAAUAUGCUAUCUCGACCGAAGAGCCAUCCACCUCAACAAACCACAAUACAAUGCCUACGAGUCCACCGAGUAACACUCUCGUCGCCAAGUUACAGAUACACUCGACAUCGAUUCCGAAGGCGUGGAUAAGCCCCAUAUGCGGCGCAGGUGCUGGCUUUGCAUCCGGCAUCGUCACUUGCCCGCUCGAUGUGAUAAAGACGAAACUACAAGCCCAAGGUGGUUUCCAAUCAAGAUACAAACAGACCAAACAGCCCCACCAACUGUAUAGAGGUAUUGUCGGUACCGCUCGCGUGAUAUGGCGGGAAGAGGGUGUCCGGGGCAUGUACCGGGGGCUGGGUCCCAUGCUAUUGGGCUACCUCCCGACGUGGGCCGUUUACUUGACUGUAUACGAGAACACCAGGGAAUUCUGGUAUGAUCAAUGUGGAAGCUGGUGGGUAGCCCGCUGCUAUUCCUCGUUGACAGCGGGCGCCUGCUCGACCAUAUUGACAAAUCCCAUAUGGGUGAUCAAAACACGAUUCAUGACACAGAGCGCCAAAGCUGCAAGUGAUGGCAUGCGUGCGCCCUACUAUUAUACUUCGACUUUCGAUGCCGCCAGGAAAAUGUAUCGACAUGAGGGGAUGCGGUCAUUCUACUCGGGCUUGACACCCGCCCUGCUCGGCUUGACCCAUGUCGCUGUACAGUUCCCCCUGUACGAGUACUUCAAGAUGAAAUUCACCGGCUAUGGCAUUGGUGAACAUCCACCUCAGGACAGCGGUGCAAACUGGGUUGGUAUCUCAGCUGCCACCUUUUUGAGCAAAAUCUGUGCUAGCACAGCGACAUAUCCCCAUGAAGUGCUUCGCACCCGUCUUCAGACCCAACAACGGAAAUCCGGCUUCACUACUUCCGACGGCUUAGCAGUGAAAGCACGCUACACCGGUAUUUUGCACAUGUGCAGAGUAAUUCUCAAAGAAGAAGGAUGGCGAGCCUUUUAUGCUGGCAUUGGGACAAACUUGAUACGAGCCGUUCCUGCCGCCAUGACCACCAUGCUCACAUACGAAUGGCUACAGAGCGUCAUCCACCGUUCCCAAGACAAGGGCGAGCAAUUGAAGAGAGAAUACCGCGAACAGGGAGUAUGAAACAGAAUAUACCCCUUGACCUACCUCCGACUUGAUCAUUUGCAGGGUGUUGGAGGAGUUUUGAGCUCUACGUCCACACCUUAUGGCUGCCAGACGCGCACAAGCAUUCACGACAGUUUGCACAUUCAGCAUCACUGUCACUCUAGCCCAGAAAAUGGGUGCCACUUUUAUCUCAUCGACCACCAUGAACGAUCACACUCAUCAACCCCAUCCACACCCUACCCUACCACCCGACUUGAGCUCCUACGACGAGCCCCCUUUUGAAAGUUUACGUGCGCCGAGACCCUGCGACACCACCACGGAUCGAAUCAUCCGGCCUCCCCGUCCAGGACCGAGCCUCCGACGAGACGAGGAAUCUCGGUCUGGUAACUUGACACACUGGUUACGCUUCCUGAAAUGGCGAGAGGUGGCAGAUCAGAUUAGAAAGAGAGAAACAGAAAGUGAAGCGAAGGGAACAGAGAAGAAGAAAGAGACCACUAGGUACCUAUUCGUACUUGCCUUACCAGACGAGUUUACACAGAAGACUCGGAGAGCAGAGGACUGCGAGCGUGGGGUUUCAUGUAAACAUGUACCAGUACCUAUCCUAUGGUGAGAUCAAUACGUUUUAUCCAUCGCCGUCACCGUCGAGCCUGC